UCGCAGCAUAAAUAUGACAACCACAUUGAAGAAUCAGACGCUGAUGAUCGGAAAGACAGGCUCUUCUGUUGUUUCUUUUCAAGAAGAAGAUGCCCAAUGUCCUGUGUGUAAGAGUGACAAGUAUUUAACACCUAAUCUUAAGCUUUUGGUCUCUCCUUGCUUUCAUAAAAUGUGUGAAUCAUGCAUAGAUAGACUUUUCAGUCAUGGCCCUGCACCUUGUCCUAUAUGUCAACAAAUACUACGAAAAAAUCAAUUCAUGUCUCAAAUCUUUGAGGAUUUAGCUGUAGAAAAAGAAGUUCGUAUACGUAAGAGAGUGGCUAAAGUAUUCAACAAGCGAUCUGAAGAUUUUCCAAGUCUAAGAGCAUAUAAUGAUUAUUUAGAAAUGGUAGAAGAUAUAACAUUUAAUUUAAUGAAUGAGGUGGACGUGGCGGAAACAGAGGCAAGAAUUGCUGCAUAUGAACAGGAAAACAAGGAAAGUAUUGCAGCUAAUCAAGCAAAGAACGUCAAUGAGCAGAGAUUUAGAAGUUAUCAAAGUGAGCUGGAAAAACAUGAAAAGGAACAAAAGCGAGAAGAGUAUUUACAACAGCUGGAAGAAGAACGAAAGUUAAAAGAACAAGAAAAGGCUGAGUUAAUUGCAGAACUGGCAUCCACAAACAAAUCUGCUGCUGCUAUCCUUCAAGCGCGUCAAUCAGCCUUAAAAAAAUCUUUAUCUCGUGUACAGCUUCAAACAGAUCCAUCCUCACGGUUGUCUAUGCCUUCAUGGAUCACAACAGCAAUGGACACAGAUGCUGAAAUGAGAGAAGCAGAAGCAAGAAACUUUGAUCCAUUGAACUUACAGUAUGAAUACACUACUGACUUUACAGUUAGAGAAAGUUAUUUGGAUCCUUCUACUGAUUAUCUCAACACUAACAAGCAAGCGAAGGCUGGUGGAUACCAAGCCAAGUUUGCUCAUCAACGCGCCUUGAUUUCCACAUAUACUGGAAUUCUAUGUGAACCAGUUGAAUACAUGUAAAUAAAUUUUCAUUACGGCAUUGUGCAUAUAUUAAAUAAGCAAAGGGGACACUAUAAGACUAUAUUAUUCCCCCUUUCUAGACUAGCCAUUACUAAUAUUUGGAUUACACCUAACCGCUUUGUCAAUGAGUUCAUUAUGAGACGAGCGUUCACUGAUUAGAUUAUUCUCUACAUUUCUUUUUAUUUACAUGUCAACGUCAGAAGAAAAACUUCCGAAGGAGGCCACAUCAAGUGGUAAUGGUAUAAACGCUCAUUAGAAAAUCAAAGACAUUAAUAAUCAGCAUGUAAAAGACACAAAUUUACCAUGUGGCAGCGCGACAGUGGAUGA